AUGUGUGCCCUCGUGAAGACCGCGUUGGCGCUCCCGGUCUUGGGCCUCGUCUCGAUCCCGCUCCUUCUCUCUGCAUGGGUGACCAUCUCCAUUGCCCUGCUCACUCUAUGUGUUCGGCUGGGCAUCGUGUACAUCGAGCUAGUCUCGGCAUUUCUGGUCAAUUUCUUCACGUUGCCAGCAUCAUCUACAUCAUUUCUGACAUUCGCUUCAUCUGAACCCCCGACACCAAUCGCAUCAAGGAGAAACUCGGGGCAUGGGCCCAUCCAGUCUCGCAGAAGCAAUGACUCUCUUUUAACAUUGGGACUUACCCACGAUGAGAGCUCGAAACCCAGGCAGAAAAGCUAUGCGCGUAGCAUGGCCGAGGCGCAUUUGCCCCCGACUCCGUUCAUCGACGAAAGUCGAGACUUUGAAGGUGUCGGUGGCUGGCGCUCGUUUCACGACUCGAAACGGCGUGGGUCUCACACAAAUGAAAAGCCAUUGAGUUCUCACUCAUCCUCAGCGCCGAGCAUCGCAGGUGAAGUCGACAUUGACGAUGAAAUUGACGAUGAAGUCGCAUGGCUCUCGUUGAACCAUAGACUCGAAUUGCCUUCUCAAGUCAUUGCUGUAGGAUCCACCACAGGAUCAAAUAUACAUAGUCCGAUCCUCAGUCCACGCAGCGUCAACAAUAUUCACGCAUUCAUGCCUGUGUCUUCGAGAUUCCACCAUGCCCAGCCUGAGCAGCGACACCAUCAUCGCUCACAUACGACGUCGUCGUUGACUACAUCUCACCGUCAAACGGGAAGCGGUCUUUUUCUCGGCCUUGCCAAAAGACUAGAUCAGUCUCGAGAUUCUGGCCAUUCUAUCUCGCCAUCAGUAUCGCGUGCUGCUCCCUUUGUGACUCCACAGCCUUACUCGCAUGUGCAGCCACGAUCUCUUACCCGAUCUGUGAAUGGGACUCAUGUAAAUGGAAACUUGUCUAGAGAUGGCUCGUUUGAUGGUACCGGCGGAAAUGGCGGUGGGUACUUCGCUAUCCCGCGUCUUGGAUCAUGGUAUAUGCCUUCGCUUUCGGGGAGGGAGACGCCCAGCACGAGUGGGUACACGACACCUGGAAUGGGGUUGCCAGGAGAAGAGCCGUUGCAUUUGACCCGUUUGAUGGCGCACUAUCCUGCCAGCGUCAGGCACCGAAGGCGGAGUAUCUCGGGACCUCAUGCGCGAGCACCUGGACUUGCAGAACGAGGAUGA